AUGGCAACUGUUUUCAAGGCAGCCAAAGCUCAAAAUAAACAAAGAGUCCUUGCAUUAUCUACCAGAGGAAUAAAUUUUCGACAAAGACAUCUUUUGAAUGACCUUGAGACCCUUUUCCCUCAUUUUAAAAAAGACUCAAAACUUGAUCAGAAAUACAAUCUUUCAGUUUUAAACGAACUUGCUGAAUUAAACAAUUGUAAUAAUUGUGUUUUUUUUGAGGCACGUAAAAAACAAGAUUUGUAUAUGUGGACCAGUAAGGCACCUAAUGGUCCUAGCAUCAAAUUUCAUGUACAAAAUAUUCAUACAGUCGAUGAGCUUAAAAUGACAGGAAAUUGUCUUAAAGGAUCUCGACCAAUCCUCUCAUUUGAUAAAAAAUUCGAUUCAGAACCUCAUUGGAUUUUAAUAAAAGAAGUUUUCACACAUAUUUUUGGAGUACCAAAAGGUACUAGACGUUCAAAACCAUUUAUAGAUCAUGUAAUUUCAUUCACAAUAGCGGAUAAUCGAAUUUGGUUUCGUAAUUUUCAGAUCACCGAGAAAGAUCCUACGCAUCCUAACAAAAAACCUAAUGAAAAAGACAUUUCUUUGUUGGAAAUAGGGCCAAGAUUUGUUAUGAAUCUUAUUAGAAUUUUUGAAGGAAGCUUUAAUGGAGCAACCUUGUUUUCAAACCCUGAAUUUGUUUCUCCUAAUGCACCUUAG